UCAGUCAGUAGGUCAGUGUGUCCGGGUAGGUCUACGUGGUGAGGAGUGGGACCCCUGUCGUGCACCAACACCACGAUGGAUGACUAUCCGAUGUAUGGGGUACUUGUUGGGUUCUCCCUCUGGGGGACCCUCUGGCGUCUCCUCUUUCCUCUGGGCUUUUGGCCCACUUUCACGUGUAGAGUAGGAGGAGGAGGAGAAGAUGGCCGCCCUUCUACAGGAGAAGAAGGAGAAGAAGGAGGCCAAGAAGAGGGCCUUGAAGGAGGAGCAGGCGGCCAAACUGAAGAAGAUGGAAGAAGAAAUGGCCAGGGAGAAAGAGAAGUUGAAAAAGGAAGAAGAGAAGCUGAAGGAGGUGGAUGAAGAAGAGGAAGGACCACCACUGCAAAGGAGUAGUGGGCAGCCCAGUAGUAAUACCGGUGGAAACCUGGAGAAGAGGAUCUCUGAAUGGGUUGCCAACCUGACUGUGGGAGAAGAGGAAGAGGUUAGUAUGUACAUCCCGCAGGAUCAGCAAGAAGCCGGCAUGAAGGCUUGGGAGGUAGAGAAAGACCCUCUGAAACGUCAAGCGUUGGAAGACGAGAAGAAGAUGGAAUGGAAAUUAGCGGUGAUGAGGGAGAAGAAGAGGAGAAUUGACAAGGCAGCGGAGGCGGCAGAGGCCUUAGAAGAGGUGAAGAACAUAGAGACGCAAUUAGCCGCCCAGCCAGAUCUCCCGAAUCAGAUGCGAGUCAUAGCGCGGAGCGUCGCAUGCCUGGCACGGGUUCAGGCAKACCAAUAUGACUUUAGCAGAAGUCAGGACAUAGCUGUGCGCUCGAUACGAUUGGGCUUUCGAGACUUCGCUCGUGAGUUGGUAGGCGCCGUUGGAGUCGAGGUGGGUCACCGCCUCGACAAGACUGAGCAGUUCUGCGCCGGCGCCAUUGAAGGCGUCAAGGCGGCAGCUCCCAAGGAGGAGGAAGCACGUCCUCCUCGCCGGGAGCCUGUCAAAGUCAAGUUCCCCGAUUCCUACAGCGGGAAGAGGGAGGAAAACUUUGACAAUUGGGAGGCCAACGUUAAGACCUAUGUGCACUUGCAACAGGUCUCCCUAGAUCAGCAAGUCUUAAUUGCUAUCCACGCACUGAGAGAUGAGGCCGCCAGUUUUGCAAGGUCCCUAGUUCGCGCUGCCAACUGUAGUGAUGAUCCCGUUGCGUACUCCUCAUUUACGUCCCUCACCGAAUUUAUCCGUAGUCUGAUCUUGGGAGAAUGCCACGACACAGAGGGUCAUUUUGGUUGGCAAAAGACCUUAGCCAAUCUGAUGCGCGCGUAUACCUGGCCAGGGAUGAAGAAUGACUGCGUAGAGUAUGUUCGCAGUUGUAAGGUCUGCCAGCGWAACAAGUCUUCUACGCGUGCCCCGUUAGGUCUUCUCAGACCCUUGCCCAUUCCGGAUCAGCCGGGAGACUCAGUGUCAAUAGAUUUUAUGGACACUCAAGUCAAAAGCAGGCAUGGCAAGAGUCAGUUCUAAAGAGUUUACACCUGAGGAGAACAUCUCGCAGAAGUUACUACCCACCUAUAGAGGACCGUGGCCAGUCCUAGAAGUCAAAGGCAGCRAAGAUGGACCGUCCUAUACCAUAG